GAACAGUGACAGCCGGAGAAAGUGACUACGGCUUUGUGAGACAGUAGGAAGGAGUAACACCCCUGUCGUGCUGAUUUGAGCCUGAUGGGAUUAUGGGAGAUGGCCACUACUGAAGGAAUCUGAAGAAAUCUCAGCCCUGGCUGUUUAGAGCCUGACAGUCCCUCCUGAGGUACAGCAGCGUAGGAAUAGGCUCUGCUAGCCACAAAGACAACAGGGCUUGUGGGAUCUGUGCUAGAGCCUGCCCUGGUGUGCCAUUAGCAGAGUGAAUUCCAAGGAUACCAUGCAGCCCGCUGCCAGACUCGCUUCUAAUCUUUCUGCCCAUUCCCUGUAAAAUGCACAAACUCUUUGCUUUCCUUUUUCUGCUCCUGAGGACUGAGCUGUGUGUCUCAUUGCCUCAUAUCUUAUUGGGAACUCAAAAUGGCUCAGUGCAACUCUCCGACUCCCUCACUGUGGCCCCAAGCUCUGACCAGUUCUUAAAAGCAUCCACUGUAUCCACCACACCCACGCCGCCUAUCUCCAAGUCCUUGGAUCAUUCCCCUCCCACUGCCUCAACCCCCGGCUUCUUGCAGAUAGGGGAUGGAUGCUGUUUGCAGUUUGACUUUCCAGAGCACAGACAGGGCGUCAUUGUGAUCAGCUCUGGAUCUGCAGCUCGUAACUCGGAUCUCACUGUGCUCUCGCUGGACACCUCAGUGCUUAAAGUCUUGAAUGUGAGUCGUGGGACGGGAGGGUUGCCUGGAUACUUCUUAGCACACAUAUACUCUGGGAUGCCUGGCACAGCCCCCCUUCAUCUGCAGCUGAAGCUGCUUGGAUCCCAACUGGAGGAAAGAAAGGAUUUUGCCAUAAACGUUGUCCCAAACGAUGGUCCAGAGUAUGUGGGCUCUGCAGCCAGUCAUUUCUCAGAGAGUCCUCUCCUUUUUGCUCUGCUGCCCCUCCUGCUUAUCAACAAGUGUGCCUUUGGAUGCAAAGUGGACGUGGAAGUGUUAAAGGGCCUGAGACAACAGCCCCACCCUGUAAUCCUCGGCAUUGUAGGACAGUUUGUGUUGAUGCCCUUGUAUGCAUACAUUCUCUCUCUUCUUCUAGGUCUCUCCCAGCCUCUAGCAUUUGGGCUUGUUGUUACAUGUUCCUCUCCAGGUGGUGGUGGAGGUUAUCUUUAUAGCCUUAUACUGGGUGGUGAUGUUACCUUAGCUAUAUCAAUGACAUUAAUUUCUACGGUGGUGGCAGUGGGUUUAAUGCCCCUCUCCUCAUCUGUUUAUGGACAUUUUCUUGGUGUGCAUCAGACGCUUCACAUUCCUUUCCUGAAGAUUGUCGGCACUCUGCUUUUCAUUGCAAUUCCAAUCUCGACUGGCAUGGUGAUAAAGUGGCGUUUUCCAAAGGUGUCUCGGCUCCUUCUCCUUGUUAUCAAGCCUUUUAGUGUCCUGCUGAUGGUCGGAGGCCUAUAUAUGGCCUACCAAAUGGGUUCUUCUCUUCUCAGUCAAGUGCCCCCUAUAUUGAUUGUAGCGGGGAUAAGUGUUCCAUUAAUGGGCUUGCUGGUUGGGUACCUUAUGGCCACUUGUCUUCGCUUGCCCGUCGCCCAACGUAGGACAGUCAGCAUAGAAGUUGGGGUGCAGAACAGCCUGCUGGCCCUGGCUGUUCUCCAGCUUUCUCUUCAUCGAGCCGAAGCCGAUCUUUCCUCACAAGCGCCAUUCCUAGUGGCCCUCAGCGGGACUUCAGAAAUGUUAUUAAUUGUUCUUUUGCACUUUGUCUAUGGAAAAUGUAGAGAUUGCCACUAAUGGAGUACAGACAAAGCGCAACCUGCUUUGAAGCAGUAAUCUCAAUGCUGCAUAUAAUUUAUUUACUAUCAGGGUGUCUUUAUUCCCCAUAUUGGUUGAACAUUUAAAUUAAAGUUUGUAAGGAUAUUAGGGCAGUCUUAAAUGAUCCCAUUACAUUCUUAGGAAAAAUUGUGAAUGUUUACACCAUACUCCAUUUUGUUUUGUUUUUAUAGGGGAACUUCACCUUUCAGUUAACAUUUUGCUUUAUGUAGACUUUCUAAGACAACCAUAACUUAUGCAAUAGAAUUAUUUCACAUUUUCUGUCCUGCAGCUCUCCCAAGAACCGUAGAACUGCUUGAGGGGUCACCGACCCUAGAAACCAGGUAGCAUUCAAAAUGUAACUUUAGAGAAAUACAAAAAA